UACCACCCCACACAAAAUACAGUUCGAUUUUUUUCCCCCAGAAAUCAAGUACUAUUCCUUCCUCGGCUUUAGCCAAUUUUGCUCAUGCCACGUGACUCGGUACCAGCUGCUACCUCGAGCUGCAGAGACAGACGAGCAAGGCUCAGCAGGAUGGCUGUGGCUCUCCCCAGUUCCAGUUUUGUUGCUUUUCCACCUGUUGCGGAAGCUGGUCGUGUUGUCUUUGGGAAAAACUCCACACGGCCGAGAGAUGAAGUCCAGGAGGUGGUGUACUUUCCAUGUGCUGAGUAUGAGCCUGGAGCUCAGGUUGAGUGUACUUACAUUACAAUUAAUCAAGUUGAAAGGACUCACGCUGUUGUCCUAAGCAGACCUGCCUGGUUGUGGGGGGCUGAAAUGGGAGCCAAUGAGCAUGGUGUCUGCAUUGCUAAUGCGGCUGUUGUAACAAAGGAGCCUGGUGUCCGGACAGAAGCCUUGCUUGGGAUGGAUCUUGUCAGACUUGGAGUAGAAAGAGGAUCAACAGCCAAAGUGGCCUUAGACACCAUAGUGUCCCUUCUGGAAGAGCAUGGUCAAGGUGGAAACUAUUCCGAGGAUAGGAAGGCCUAUCAAGCCUUCCAUAGUGCUUUUCUGAUUGCAGACAGAGUGGAAGGCUGGGUGCUGGAGACUGUUGGGAAAUACUGGGCUGCAGAGAGAAUCACAGAAGGAUUUAAGGGCCUUUGCCAGCACUUGUCUAUAACUACAAACAUUGAUGCAGAGCAUUCUGAGCUGAGAAGUUAUGCACAGGAACAGGGGUGGUGGAGUGAGGGACGGGAGUUCAAUUUCUCUGAAGUUUUCUCAUUACCAGACGAGGAAAGAAGCCCCUGUGCUGGGAAGGAAUUCCUUGGAAAUCAAGAGGGAGACCUGACGGUGCAGACAGUGAUUGAUGCCCUUCGAGACAAGGAGACUGGUGUGUGUGUGGACUCGGAGUCUCUCCUCACCACAGCCAGCAUGGUGUCAGUCCUGCCUCAGAGCACUGCCUCCCCGUGUGUUCACUUCUUCACUGCCACGCCUGACCCAGCAAGGUCCAUAUUCAAGCCCUUUAUCUUUGUUGACGAUGUGAAGCUAGUGCCUCAAGCACAAUCCCCCUGCUUUGGGGAGGUGGACCCAGUAAAGAUACAGCCUCGCUUUGAAAGCAAAGUUGACCGCAGACAUGAGCUAUACAAAGCCCAUGAGUGGGCUCUGACAGUAAUUGAUAGUGAAGAGGAGCCAGGUCAGAAGCUCAAAGAGACCAUGCUAGAUCUGGAAAAGCAAGGCCUGCAAGCCAUGGAAGACAUGCUGCUCAGCACAGAGCCUCUAGACCCUGCUGAGGUAGCUGACCUCUUCUACGAUUGCGUUGACACAGAAAUCAAAUUCUACAAGCGAGGUGUGCCGUUUUAAACACAACCAGAGAAUAAUAAUGUGCAUAAAGGUGGGUAUGUAAACAUGUAGUUUCAGUACAUCUUAUACUGUGCAAAAACACUUCCUGAAUGUGACAUUUUUGUGAGUUAUAAUAAGCUAAUACAUUGUUUCGCUUUGCAGUUCUUUAAAAAACUGCACAAGAUGACAUCACAUAUAUAAUAAGAGACGCUCUACACACAACCUAUACACUUAUAUAAGAAAGCACGAUCAAGAUGAUGCAUCAUGAGGAGUUUGGUAGGGACCUAAACUGAUACGAGUUCCCAGUUAACAAAGCAAAAAAUAAUUGUAAUUAUAAUACAUGCCCAACAAUAAUUUCCUAUAAACUUUGGUGUUCUAAGGUCUUAUUAUACACGAUGGUGGGGCGACCCGUCUACAAUAUUAUUAGGUGGUGGCACAAGACCCGCGUGCAAUAAGAUUGCCUGUGUAUAAUAAGGUUGGUAAUAAAACUGCUAGGCUCAGUUUUUACCACCAGUACAUGAACACCAUCAGUACAUGAAAUCAUCCAACUCCACCAAAAAAGGCCAAGAGAAUGCCAAGAGAAUGUUCGAUUUUUGCCAAUAAUAUUAUACAAAAAAAAAGCAUUUCAGUUAUAUUUGCCAUGAAUACAUGCAAAAGGAGAAAAAUCAGUUUGCCAAAAUGCUUUAAAACUAAAAGCAUAAAAUGCUUUCCUAUGGUAAUUAAUUUUUUACAUUUUUCAUUACAUUUGUGUGCAUUUUGUGUAUUAUCUAUUGAAGCCUAAUAAAGAAGGGAAAGCCACAUCAAAAUUGAAAGAGUAAUCUGUCGUGUAUCUGCCCGUCACAUAUCCGGCCUAACCGUUUACCCGCCGUGAUCAACCUCUUCAGCAACGUUAGUUUAUUAUUGACCAGAGAAGAUUAAUUCAGAGAUUGUAGAUCCUACCAGAGUGUUUGUACACUGUGUUCUAUGUGCUCCAUGCGCUGCCAUUGCUGGUAGUGUCACAUGAGCUGUUCAGUGUGUUGGUAUGUAAAUAAAUCCUGUUCCCCCGCGAGGCGUAUAAACUUCAACCUCCGUCUCGAUCUCCUGCCUGUCACUCGGCAGCAAAUGCACGCACCCACAUGGCAGGCAGCUACCCUGUCACAAGCAUUAAUACCCUGAUACGCGACAGAUUACUGUAUUAGCUUACUCGUGAGAACAUUUUGUAUGCUAAUUGCGUUUAGCUUUUGUAAAAGUAAAUUGGGAAUGACAUUUUAAAGGCAGUAAGUAAUUGUGUUAUCAAAUACUGUAUAAGGGACACAACCACUAUGGUUCUUCACUCACACUGAUAUUAAAAUGACUUUUUUUCUCUCUUUUUGCUUUGUUGUUCGAUACUGGAAUUCUGUUUCCAUUUAUACCAGUCAUUAGUUGAGAGGCAUCACUGGGAGUAGUGUUUUAACAGCUCAAAUGAUCACAACUGUGAGAUCUAAGAAGUCUGUGUAAGAUAAAAAAUGAACAGUUUUGAUAGAUUACCUUACAUUGCACAUUGCUUUUCUUAAUUGUCUAUUGUUGGUAAAUUAUGAGAUAGAUAGUGUCGCUUUAGAAUUGCCUUAUGCUUAAUGUGUGCAAACCUGUUGGGUGCUUCAUCUGUAUUCCUUUAAAAGAUGUUUGAAAAAAUAAAUUAUUGAAAGUCUCAAAAAUUGCCUUUGGGUAUUCUGUAUUUAUGGAGGUAAUAAGGUACAUUGUUUGGUCUGUGGUGCAAGCUUCUGGUUUUGUAUGUACACAAUAUUUUCACUCAGUACUGUACUCGUACUAACAGCAAUCCUUUUCUUUAUAUACAAUGUACAGUGUGUCAAUAUGUAUAUAUUGCAUAUAUUUACAAAGUAAUACAAAUAUACACUGAAAAUGCGAUUUAGAAUAUUACUAUUCAAUAGUACUGUUUGUAUGUCCAACAAGACCCAAAAUAAGCUAUUCAUUUACAGACCAAUACAGUUUGAUAAGUUAGUUUUCACUGAAAUGGCAGUACAAUAGUCUCUGAAAUGUAUACAAUAUUAUAGUUUUUGUAAACAAUAUAAUUUAUUAAUGUUUACGA